GACCUCCCCCUGUAUGCGGUGUACGUCAACGCUCCCCGAAAGAAAGCGCUGGCUGUUUCCCGAGAUCGCUUCAGAUCAGAUACCAGAGCUAAGAAAUACAACAUGUCACACAUCGAGACUGUUUCCGCCUUUGUGGAGGGAGCCCCUCCUGGAGAGCUCGCAGAUGUCAUUGCCGACAUCAAGGCCCUGACCUCCGAGCCCAACAUUGUUGCGGAGCUGACGCCGGCAUUCGAGAAGUACAACGAAGAGCAAUUUAUCACAUUGAAGCUGCCGGGAAGCAGUGAGCCGGUCUUGAUCAGCUCACACAAUUCUCUGGGCGGUGGACGAUACUACGAUGUCGAGAGCUCCUCUAGCUUUGAGGUUGACCAUGUGUCCCAGAAAGCCAGUGCGGUGCAGAGCCAUGUCCUGGAAGGACCACAAGCAGACCUGGCCAAAUCGACGCUGAAAAGCUUAGGAUCUUAUGUCAAGGAGCACUUCCCCAACGCCUCUCUUGGCGUGUACCCCAUUGAAUCCGACUCCAAGCUCGCCAUUAUCGUUGUUGCAAACAAGUACAGCCCUAACAACUUCUGGAAUGGCCGAUGGAGAUCACUAUACAUCUUUGACCCCAGCUCCGGAAGCCUCGAGGGCUCGAUCAAGGUCGACGUGCACUACUACGAAGACGGCAACGUUCGACUGCUCUCCAACAAGCCCACACACGCAUCCAUCAGCUCUGGCACCGGUGCGGGCAUCGCCAAGGAAAUUGCAUCGACGGAGAAGAAGUACCAAGAAGAUCUCAACAAGAGCUUUGUGAGCCUGAGUGAAGGCGCCUUCAAGGGCCUGCGACGACAACUGCCAGUGACGAGACAAAAGAUUGAGUGGGACCGCGUGACCGGUUACCGCUUGGGACAGGAUAUUGGAGGUGGCAGCUCAAAGCGAUAAUACAGUGGUUGAUUGUUUCAAGUGUUUUUUCUAGCCAUUUUCAAGGCCAUUUAAAGAAGACGAAGCUCCAAGAUAAAUAUGUAGCAUUGAUUGAUUGAUUAAUAGAGAUGCAGGAAUGUUAUGAGC